GCCUCGCGCGCUCUAUAAAAGCCCACGCAGCGUGUGGAGAGAUCACGGAGGACAACAGCGCGGGCAACAGCCUCAGUCCAGUUCAAAGGUAAAUCUGUCAAACAACCAUGAAGGCUGCAGUUGUGAUUUUCGUUGUGGCCGUCAUCACUGGGUGCAGUGCACAUGUUCUGCCCAUGACUGACACCAUCCAAAGCCAGUGGGAAAAAAGUGUGGAAGAAUUCUGGAAAUACAUCUCUGACCUGACCGGAAAAUCUGAUGACUACCUGACGACUUUCAAAACCUCACAGUUCAGCACCGAACUGGACCGUAUAAUCACCGACACCUUCACACAGCUGAGUCAAAUUACACAAUCUGGUGAAAGCACGGUGGGACAAGUGUCCGAAGAACUGCAACUCCUUUCCACCAAACUGCACAAGGACAUGGUUGACGCCAAGGACCGCAGCACCGUGUACCUGAACGAGCUCAAGACCUUGAUGAAGCAGGACAGCGAUGAUGUCCGCACCCGAAUGACCACCUACUCAAACAAACUGAAGAAGCGCCUGAACAAGGAUGCACAGGAGAUCCGCAACUCCUUAAGCAUCUACAUGGAUGAGGUGAAUGCCCGUGCCUCUCCACAUGUGGACACUGCCAAGCAGCACGUCCAUCAAGCUGGAGACACCACCACUGAGAAGCUAGAAGAACUUACAGCUAUGGUGCAGAGUGAGGUGAAGAACCUGGGCCAGCAGCUGGAGACAGACGCCAAGGAGCUGAAGACCAAACUGGAGGCCUCGGCCCAGGAGCUGCUUGACACCUUUGAUACGAUGGCCAAACAGGUGGCUUCGCAGUUCCGCGAGCAGAUUGAUAACAUCAUGGAGAAGGUUAAUGCUUAAAGACAGACUCAGAGGGUUUUCAAAAGGUUUUAGACUUAGUGGUCCACUGUGAGGAGCAAACGGGGAAAAGUGCUAACCACUGAUUUCUUUGACCUUAGCAAGUAGGGGGAAGGUGGUAGUUGAGUUACUGAUGUCUUCGUUUUUCUGUUAUAGUGUUCAACGAUCUCAUUUUAUCACCUUUGAUGGCUGAGCAUCAGCAGCACAGCCAGUGAGAGCUGAAAAAACACAAAUGAUUUGCAGUAGGCUUUGCAUUUCUAUUUUUGCAAUAACAGCUCUCGCCGGCCGUCUUCUCAUUUUGUAAUUUUUUUGUUUCUUUGUUUGUGUUGGAGUUUCCAACAUUUUAUUUAGGCUUACAAACCACACGCUGGGAAGUUCCAAACACACAAACCUGGGUGUGUUUUAUUCAUGUAAAUGCACUGAAUGAUUUCACCAGAUGGGGAAACGUUCUGGAGCGUGCCGACUGGCUAUGUUUGAGAGGAUGAUGAACCACUAAAGUGUACCUUUUGUAGUGUCUAUAUCUGUCGCUGGCCCUUGUUUCACAUAUCACAUGCCCACUAUGCUGCUUACUAAAGUACACUGUAGUGUACCCAACCAUGCUGAGGGAAUAAAGAACCUAGAAAACACAA